UCCUUUCCCACUCCCACCUUCUUAAUACGGCUUCUGCCCCCUUUCUUUCCUGUCCUGAUGAAGGGUUUCAGCCUGAAGCGUCAACGGCUCCAUGGACAUUGCUUGACCUGCCGAGUUCAGCCAGCAUUUUGUGAGUUAGUCAAGAUUUGCUUGCGCCGUUUUCUGUCGGGGGACAGGAAAUGCGGGCGACACCCUCACCUUUAAGAGGCCGGUCGGAGGCGGGAGUUACCUGUGGAAAGGUGCGCAGGGAAGCAGGAAGUGGCUGCUGGGGAUUUCAGCAACUCUGGAAGGCACGGGGAAUGUCAGCCUCCGCGGUCUUUAUCCUUGAUCUUAAAGGCAAGCUCCUAAUAUGUCGGAAUUACAAAGGCGAUGUGGACAUGUCGGAGAUCGAGCACUUCAUCCCCAUUCUAACACAGAAGGAAGAUGAAGGAACUCUCUCCCCGCUAGUAGCUCAUGGCAAAGUUCACUUCUUGUGGAUUAAACACCGAAACCUGUACCUGGUUGCAAUGACAAAGAAAAAUGCAAAUGCCUCUCUUGUGUAUGCGUUCCUGUAUAAAAUCAUCCAGGUCUUCACAGAAUAUUUCAAGGAGCUGGAGGAGGAGAGUAUCCGGGAUAACUUUGUGAUCAUCUAUGAGCUCCUGGACGAAGUGAUGGACUUUGGUUUCCCCCAGACCACCGAAAGUAAAAUUCUACAGGAGUACAUCACCCAGCAAAGCCAAAAACUGGAACUGGCUGCCCCACGGCCACCGGCCACCGUCACCAAUGCUGUGUCCUGGAGAUCAGAAGGCAUCAAGUACAAGAAAAACGAGGUCUUCAUUGAUGUCAUCGAAGGUGUCAACGUGUUGGUCAGUGCCAACGGCAACGUUCUACAGAGCGAGAUCAUCGGCAGCGUGAAGCUGAGGGUUUUCCUCUCGGGAAUGCCAGAACUCCGGCUGGGCCUGAACGAUAAGGUCCUCUUCGAACUGACUGGGCGAGGCAAAAAUAAAUCAGUGGAAUUGGAAGAUGUGAAGUUUCAUCAAUGUGUGAGGCUCUCUCGCUUUGAAAAUGACCGAACAAUCUCCUUCAUCCCACCGGAUGGCGAUUUUGAGUUAAUGUCUUAUCGACUGAACAUCCAAGUGAAGCCUCUGAUUUGGAUUGAAUCAGUUAUCGAGAAAUUUUCACAUAGUCGGGUUGAAUACAUGAUCAAGGCCAAAAGUCAGUUCAAGAAGCAGUCUGUGGCCAACAAUGUGGAAAUCAUUAUUCCUGUGCCAAGUGAUGCUGACACGCCCAAGUUCAAGACCAGCGUGGGUAAUGCCAAGUGGGUUCCCGAAAAUAACACAGUGGUGUGGACCAUCAAAUCCAUGCCCGGGGGAAAGGAAUACUUGAUGCGUGCUCACUUUGGCCUGCCAAGUGUGGAGAAUGAGAACACUGAAGGCAGGCCACCGAUCACCGUGAAAUUUGAGAUCCCCUACUUCACCGUCUCAGGGGUACAGGUGAGGUACAUGAAGAUUAUUGAGAAGAGUGGCUACCAGGCACUCCCCUGGGUCAGAUACAUCACCCAAAGUGGAGAUUAUCAACUGCGGACACACUAAAAGUUUUGAUGAAUUCAGGAAACUUCUCUAAUUUUCCUCUCAUUGGUUUGAAUCGGGCUACUUAUUACUGUUGUGGCGAGUGCCUUAAACUUUUGUUCUGUUUAGCUAACUGUGCAAUAAUUAAGGACAGACACCUACAGUUUCAGAAGUCUAUCAGCACACAGUCCUCCAAAGUUAACCCCAGGAGAGAAAAUAUCCUUGGAAGACCAUGAUUCAGCAUCAUUUGAGCAAGCUUUUAGUUCUGCAACGGAGAGGGACCUUUAAGCCUUCUCAAAGUUCAAAGUAAAUUUAUUAUCAAAGCACACAUAUGUCGCCAAACACUUACAGGCAUUCACUGUAGAACAAAAAAAUACAAUAGUAUGAAUGACAAAAAAAUGCAAAGAUUGAAAAAGAGCCAAUGUGCAAAAUUAGACAAACUGUGCAAAUACCAAAAAAAAAAUAAAAAGUAAAUAAAUAAUACUUAGAACAUGAUUUGUAGAGUGCUUGAAAGUGAGUCUGGAGGUUGUGCAAUCAGUUUAGAGUUGAGGUGAGUGAAGUUAUCCACACCAUUUAAGAAUAAUUGGAGGGUAAAUGAUUUAAGGGAAUCUCCUACAGAAUUAUCCCCUGCCUGAUUUAAACCGUCGUUGUACACCUUCACUCCAUAUCUUCUCAUCCCUGCCUAAUGCUAUCUGGAAAAUGUCAAAGUUUUCCUAGAAUCCACAGUCUUUCUGAGUGGGAAUUGCAGAUUUCCACCAUUUUACUCCUGACUGUGUUAACUCUAAUCUUAAAAUGAUGGGUUCAACAACCCAGAGCUGGUGGUCAAGUCGCAGCCUAGUCUGAGAAUUGGACUUCACUUUGAUGGUUUCAGGAAGAGUGGCCAUAUAUCACAUUAUUCACCAGCCUCCCCCAAAGUUCUUACCCACGUCUGGCUAUAAACCGUCAAUGAUCACUGCCACUUCGGGGUCUAAUAUGUUGAAUGACCUUCCCAUCUGGAAGUCCAAAAUCAUUGUUACAAAUUCUCAGCAGGGGAGGAGGGGGGAGAAACAGAGUUAAGGUUUCAGGUCAGGACAUUACAUCAGAACAAAACGGAGACACUUAAUGGUGGUUGUGGUAGGCACUCUGUGGCGGGAUUGCCAGCAACGACUGUGUUUCUAAAUCCACAGACUAACCAUGCUGGCUCAGAGACACAGGACAGCUGCUUCAUCUCACAGUUGUAAUAGGGACAACUACCAUUCGGAUUCAGAUAAACAUUGAAACAUACAGUGAAAUGCAUAGUUUGCAGUAACAACCGACACAAUCCAGGAAUGUGCCGGGGCAGCCCGCAAGUGUCACCACACACUCUGGCGUCAACAUAGCAUACCCACCGUGCUCAGCAGAACAACAGAGGACACUACAAAACAGAACAUACCAAGUGACAAAGCAACAACAGCAAAACAAGCCACUUUCCUUCCUCCCUCCUUGCCACCCACCCAGACAUACAGGUCCACAGUCUUCAGCCAUUGGGUUAUGUCUUCCAGACUUCCAAUCAACCUCCAGGCCUUGAUCCUUAGCACGACCCUUGGUGUAGCUGACAUCAGUAUGCCAAACUCCAGAAUUGAACUCCAAGUUCAUUGCCAGCCUCAUAGUUCAGUUACUAUGCCAUGCUGCAGAAUGUUCAGUUGAUCUUGGUGGUAAGACUCCAUUCUGUUCUCUAGUUAUCAGCUUGAACUCUGUUGAAUCUCUGUUCAUCAAGAAGGUUUGGAGAGAGAUUUUUAGUGCAGGAUCCUUUCAACAGCCUUGCAUCCCCCCAUUCACUCCAAGCAAAAAAAGCUGCCAAUGAAAUUAACAAACGGGAUGGAAAGUAGGGAUAGGGUGGACAGAAUAGCUAUUUUCAAUGGUUCUAUGAGGUUUUGGGGACCAGUACAUUUAUGAAUAAGAAACCUCCCUCUGGUGCUCCUAUUUCUUCCCUUUCUUCCUUGGUCCACUCUACCACACCUAUUCCAUCAUUCCCCUCCCUGCUUCUCACUUCAUCUCCCUGACCCAUCCACCUUCCCCCUCACCUAUCAACUUUUUACUCCUCCCCCUCCCCACAACUUAUUCUCUUUCUACCCCCUUCUUUUCCAGUCCUGAUGAAGGGCCUCGGCCUGAAACGUCGACUAUUUAUCCCCUCCAUAGAUGCAGCCUGAUCUGCUGAAGUUGUUUGGUAAAUUGGAAUUCCAAAUUAUAGUAGACAAUCAAAGCAUCAAAUUAUCUGUGGGAAGAUGAAUUUUUGCAUUCUCUCCUGUCAGAUCCUAGUCAGGUAACCCAUGUACCUCUCAGUGAAAGAGGCAAGCUCUUGUUUCUACAUGAGAAUGUUGCUGGUGAGAAAUAAAGCUAGGAUUUAGAUAAAUAGUGAACAGAAAGAACACAAUAAUUCCAAAGGAAAAUAAUGCUGCAUAGUGUUCCGUGCAAAUAUUGUGGGCUGAAGCACCUGGUUCUAUGUUGUCUACGUAUGUUCUGUCAACAGGGAUACCAGCAGGAGUUGGUGGUAGUCCCUUGAAUAGUUUGGUGAAAUCAUGGUUGAUACCCUCUUGAUCUAGAGUCAAACAUGGAGAAAAGAGUAACAUUCAUAAUAUACUUUGUCCAUAAGUGUUUCCCAAGUGUGGAUAUUUCUUGCCUGGCCAGUGCUGUUGCAGAACAUCUUCACACCUACUGGGACACAGAGUGACAACCAGACUGCAAAUGAUCUCAGAUAAACUCAAUGCCUUUCAUGCAUGCUUUGAAGGGGAGAAUUAAACCACACGUGUGAAUUCCUGCAGUAUCCAGUGACCCUGUGAUCGCAGAGGCUGAUGUUAGAACAUUUUUUGAGAGGGAGAAACCUCACAAGGUGUCAGGCACUGAUGGUGUAUCUCGUAGGGCACUGACAACCUGUGCCAGCCAACUGGUUGGCGUGUUCAAGGACAUCUUCAAUCUCUCACUGCUGCAGUCAGAGUUUCCCAUUUGCUUCAAAAGGGUAACGAUCAUACCAGUGCUCGAGAAGAACAGGGUGAGCUGCAUAAAUGAUUAUUGUCCAUUUGCAGUCAUAUUUAGUGUGAGGAGCUUGAGAGGUUGGUUAUGGCCAGAAUCAACUCCAGCCUAAGCAAGGACCUGGACAAGGUGCCAUUUGCCAAUUGCCACAAUAGGUCUAAAGUGGAUGCAAUUGCAUUGACUCUCCUUGGAUUACCUGGGCAAUAGCAAUACCUAUGGCAGGCUAUUGUUUGGUGAUUACAGCUCAGCUUUCAACACUAUCAUACCCGCAGUACUAAUCAACAAACUACAAAACCUGGGCUCCUGUACCACCCUCAGCAACUGGAUCUUGGGCUCCUCACCAGGAAACCACAGUCAGUGCAAUUGGAAAUAACAUCUCCUCGAUGACAAUCAACACUGGUGCACCUCAAGAAGGCAUACUUAGCAUCCUGUUCGACUCUCUCUACACCCAUGACUCCAAAUUUGCUGAUGACACAACAAUUGUUGGCAAAAUUUCACCUGGUCAUGAGGAGGUGUAAGGGGUGAGAUAGGUCAGCUGGUUGAGUGGUGUUGCAACAACAACCUUUACCUCAAUGUCAGUAAGGAUUGUGGAUUUCAGGAAGGAGAAGUUGAGGGAACACACAUGAACCCUGUAACUGGGUGUCUUACCAGCAAAGAUAGAAGUGUCCGUUGGAGUUUGGUGAUAAUAUUUUCAAUAGUAUUUAUUAGUAAUAAUAUACAAAAAUAAUAUCAAUGCCAAUAUACAGAUAAUAUACGUCAGCAAUGCUAAACCUAAAAGUGCGGGUAUAAUAAUAAUCAAUAAGAAACACGCUCUAUCAUUGUCUAGGCGAUAAUGAAUUGUCAGAUGGAAAUAUAAAGUUCAGUUCAGUUCAUGCAGGCUGCGGUAGUUGUUGGUCGUGGUGUUUCAAUUGUUGGAGAGAGAGAGAGAACAGUAAUAGCUAUUGACUUGCCAACUUUCCUUUAUGAUUUUGAUCCGUCGAUGCGUUGUUGUUGUGGCCAUUCACGUAUGACCCCUCCGUCCUUUAGCUAGACCGUUCUUCCGUGGUGGACUCGUCACCCAGGCAAGGGUGGACACACACACAAGCCCCCACUGGUCUCGCUACAAAAACACUGUGUUAAACUUUUCCCGACCCUUCGCUCGGUUUCUGGUCUCCCACCCUGUCUCGUGGGGGUUCUGAUGCUCACUAGCGUUUCUCCUGGUGCGUCUGAGGGGUGUUACCCCAGACCCCACUUUUACCCGCACUCACGGGGUCUCAGGUGUCAGUCAGGUUGAGAUGAUGUAACCCAUCAAACCAGCCCACUCUGGUUGUCCCCUGAGAGGUUUCAAUGAAUAGAACAGUACCAAGUACACAAACCUUCUCCAAAAGACAAAAGCAGUAAUCAAUGGUUCCGCUCUCUUUUGUUAGUAGGAGACAUCCCACUUUGUGUAUCUCUGAGCUGUCUCUCUCUCAUUAAUUUUCAUGAGCUGUUAUCAAUAACAACUGCCCUGGCAGCUGUCCUGUGUCUCUCUCAUUUCCUUGAUAACAGCAUCGAAAUAGUAGCGAUUUGCGAUUCUGCAAAGGGGGGGGGGCGGCAUUGGCGAUUUUGUACCCUUUUGCCUAUCAGAGUUGUUCAUAUUUUGUAACACCCCCAUCCUUCUAAGAAUUUUCACCAAAGGGGAAAAUUAACUAAUACAGAGUCUUACAGAAUUACAGAAUCUAACACAAUACAAAAGAGUUUUUUUAAACUACAGAGUAAUACAGAUAUACAUUCAACUGAGCAUCUAAACAGUUAGCGAUUACAUUGUCACUGCCUUUAAUAUCUUGUACCUUAAUAAAUUCCUGUAGCAUCAGACUCCAAUUUAAUAACCACCUAUUUUUAUUCCUUCAGCAAAAACUAAAGAGUUGUGAUCUUAAGUAUAUAUUACAAAAGGUGAACCAAUACAUGUGUGAUUAUUCUGUAGUACAUUACAAAAGUUUAUGCAAAUACUGAUCUUUAUUUUACUUUUAAACUCAACAGUCAAUCUUC